AUGAAGCCAUCUGGAUUAGUUUUGCAAACCCUCCCACCCGAGAUCCUGAUAAACAUAUUUUCUCACUUAGAUGAAAAGGACUUGUUCACAUUGCAGGAACUUUCUACGCAUUUCCGGGACUUAAUUCACGAUGAAGAACUUUGGAAAAACCUUUUUAAGUCCAGGGUCCACACUACUCAUUUUCCCACCUAUUCUCAAUCUACGAAGUUUAGUGUGGAGUACAUUGAAAGAUCGCGGGGUCUUCAUCAUUGGCAGCAUAAUAAGGCUGUAAGAACUAAAUACACAAUAACUCCAACGAGAAACUGGGAUCAGCCCAGUAUAGAGCGCAUAGUGUUUGAUUAUCCACGACUGGCUGCUUAUAAUGAUGGUACCAUUACUAUCCUACAGUUACAAAAUCACAAGAGACAAAAAAAGUUCAAGAAAUUUAUUUAUAUCCCAUGUACGACCCCACAAGGGUGCUCUACCAUGGACUUCAAUAUCAAUGCUGCUGUUUUUGGUAGGUUUGAUGGAAGAGUAUUCGGGAAAUUGUUAAGCAACAAAUCUUACUUGACGCCCGUGAUGGAAUUUACGGGAAGGCAUAGUGCCGGUGUCACUGCUAUCUGUAAUUCAGAAUCCUGGGACACUUCCAGAGAAGACUGGUCUGUUAGCGGCUCUGAAAAUGGUGAAAUCAUUUGGUGGUGCGAAAACAAGCUUGUUAAAAUGUGGAAGAUUUCCAAUAGGAUGAUUUGGAAACUGGCUUUCUUCAAAGAUUGGACUCUAAUUAUGGAUGAUGAAAAACUUUACAUUAUCUAUCAAAUGCAGGAACUGCAUAGUAUUGACAUUCCUAGGGAUGCGGACGAACAACCUAUCAAAGUACGAUUCUUUAAGAUGGACUUUGGUUCCAUGACUUUGGUGCUUGCUGACUUCAAUAACGUCUAUGCGAUAUCAGUCAACCCUAAUGGUAACUUUGGCAAUUCAAGGAGGUUGGAGAUUCUGGAGCAAAUAUGCGCUGUUGAAAUAGACGAAAAAACUUCUCAAAGAGAGCAAAACUGGCAAUUUGCUGGUGAUGAUGGCUGCUAUAUCAGUCUUUUAACGACACAGAGUACACUCUACAUCAUCAACAUAAGGGAUCUGUCUGCGGUGAAUCUGAAAGUUCAAUGUAAAAUAAGUUUUGAUGAACAAGUUUAUGUAUCGCAGGUGACCAAUUUGGUUGUUGUGGUAGCAUUAUCAAAUGUUCUUCAAAUAUUGGACACGAUGACAGGUAAGUUGUUGAAGUCAGUAUUGAAGACGGACAAAUUUCCCGAAUUCUUGAAGGUGUCGCAGGAUAAAAUCAUUAUGGGAAGCGGUAACGUUUUAAACUAUUUAAUGUUUGUUUCAAGCGACUCAAAGAAACAUCAUCAUGCCAGUAAGGGCAAGAAUUCAUUAAGUAAUAAAUGGAAUGAAACUUUGAACACCGAGUUGCAGUAUUAUGACGAAGUUGAGGAUCUCAGAAGGAAGAGACAAUCGGAAAUGUCAAGAUUGAUUAAUGCUUAUGGUGGAGAUUUGGAACUUUUAGGUGAGACUGAUGAGGAAACCGACAUUCAACUGAGAAUCGCACUCUUAGAAUCGCAAGAGAUACAAGCACAAAAUGAGGAGGGAACAGGGGGGUAUUCUGGGGAUGAUGAAGAUGAACAAUUACGAAGAGCAUUGGAAGAAUCCCAAUUGAUACAUGAGGCACAGCUGAAUUGGUUCGCUAAUCAAAAUAAUAGUACAAAUGUUGGAAUAGUAGAUGAUGAUGAUGAUGACGAAUUUCUUAGGGCCAUCGAACAAUCAAGAUCGGAAGACGAAAGGAGGAGACAUCUUAGAAGCUAUAACAUAGAACGACGAAACGGGCCCUUGAGCGAUGAAGCUUUUACUACCGGUGGUGCUAAUUCAUCCGGGCAAGUCUCGGUUGAGAACGCCAUCGAUAGUACUGUUGGUGUCGAUACUGGUAAUAAUGUUGACGAUGACUUGCAAUUGGCCAUUGCGUUGUCAUUAAGUGAAAUCAACUGA